AUGUUGGUUUUACAAUGGAUAACGUUUAAUGAUAAUAAUGAGGCUAUAUUAAAUAAAUUGGAAUUAAAGCAUUUAAAUGCUAAACAGCAUUUUAACGAUUUCAGUAGCAGUUACGAUAGUUCAAUUGAUAACAAAAUAAAAUUAGAAAAAAAGUUCAAGAAUAUAAAUGAUGAAGGUGAUAGUCCGUUUAAUUUUGCAUCAGAAUAUGCAGAAGAUUAUUAUAAUCUAUUUUCUUCACAUCACAACGUAUUUAAAUUCCUUGAAGUUGGACCGCAACAAAAUGAAUUACCAAAGAUUUCAGGGAUUGAAAUUUGGUCGCCAUCAAUGUAA